GGUGUUUUUUUUCCCUUCUCCCCCGCCCAGAACAAAACCCAGGUUUCAGGUUGUCACGGUGGGCGCCAGGGGACCCUGGUCACAGGCUCGUCUCCGAGUUGCUGCGGACCGCCCUGACGCAGCUAGCGGAGAGGACGGGCGCCCGGAGUCAUGCAGAAGCCAGGCUGGCCGGGGCUCGGGCUGCAGUGGACACAGGGGCUGCCCCGUCCCGCGUCUCCCGCAGCCGGAUCGUGCCCGAGAGUCUCCCGGGUCUGGACUGGGCCGGGCGGCGUGGGAGGGGCGGUGCGGCGGGAGGCGCUUCCGGAGAGCGAGGCCUGCGCGCUGCUCUUCCCCGCGGAGCCCGCGCAGUCCGCACAGUCCGCGCAGCCCGCAUUGCGACUGGGCCCGCGCGCAGGAUGGCUGCUCCAUGAGGUCAAGACUGGGUCUCCUCCCUCCUCCCCCUUCACCAAUGCCUGGUCUCACGGGGCUGGUUUUGACCCCCACGCUAUGGCAUCAUCGACCUCCCUCCCAGCUCCUGGCUCUCGGCCUAAGAAGCCUCUAGGCAAGAUGGCUGACUGGUUCAGGCAGACCCUGCUGAAGAAGCCCAAGAAGAGGCCCGGCUCCCUGACCUACCUGAUACUGCAUUAUCUCAACUGGUUCAGGCAGACCCUGCUGAAGAAGCCCAAGAAGAGGCCCGACUCCCCAGAAAGCGCCUCCAGCGAUGCUUCACAGCCUACCUCACAGGACAGCCCGCUACCCCCAAGCCUCAGCUCAGUCACAUCUCCCAGCCUGCCACCCACACACGCGAGUGACAGCGGCAGUAGUCGCUGGAGCAAAGACUAUGAUGUCUGCGUAUGCCACAGUGAGGAAGACCUGGUGGCCGCCCAGGAUCUGGUCUCCUACUUGGAAGGCAGCACUGCCAGCCUGCGCUGCUUCCUGCAACUCCGGGAUGCAACCCCAGGCGGCGCUAUCGUGUCCGAGCUGUGCCAGGCACUGAGCAGUAGUCACUGCCGGGUGCUGCUCAUCACGCCGGGCUUCCUUCAGGACCCCUGGUGCAAGUACCAGAUGCUGCAGGCCCUGACCGAGGCCCCAGGGGCCGAGGGCCGCACCAUCCCCCUGCUGUCGGGCCUCAGCAGAGCUGCCUACCCACCUGAGCUCCGAUUCAUGUACUACGUCGAUGGCAGGGGCCCUGAUGGUGGCUUUCGUCAAGUCAAAGAAGCUGUCAUGCGUUAUCUGCAGACACUCAGUUGACACUUGUUAUAUCACGGGACCCCGGAAGUUGGAGUAAAGCUGGAAACAGAAAACCCAUGCAGGGCCUCGGAUUCCCACAGAUGUGACAAGAGGUAUAGGGAGCGAGUCUGCAGCACUUUGCUCAUGACCCUGGGAUCAGAGCACCCAUCAGGCUUCCAUUACUGUGGGCUCCCUAAGAAGACCAUGGAGAGGUUGGGGACUCCCCUAUGAAGGCCGUGAAGCUGGGGAUUCCCCCUAGGAAAGCCAUGAGGAAGCUGGGGACUCCCCAAGAAGGCCGUAAGGAAGCCAGAAAUUGGAGGUGGUAGGAGGUGGUACUGAUCAAUGAUGGCCAGCAGGGCUCAUCUCCUGCCUAACUGGACAGGAAGCCUGGUACCCACUUCUGUCUUCCCCUGGAACUGGGCACUGGCAUACACUGGUAUCACUCCUAAAGAGGUGACUCACCUGACUAAUCAGCAAGAAGCCUAGAUUGCAGGCCUCACCAUGGAUGGUCUUCCCAGUUGCCUGGGGAAACCCUGGAAUGGGCGUCAGGAGAAAGCAAGAAUCCAGUCCUUCACACUCACACUACUCUGUUCUUCUUCCCAGAGACAUCGAUUCACUUCAGAAAGCUGUAGGGAAGAUGCAGUCAGCACCGCACUGUAUUUCUUAUUUAUUGCCUAAGUGCCAUUAAAGACACAAACCUAGAAGCCUAGAAGCCAUUCUGAAUAUGGGGGUGGGGUGGUAGAGGGAGCAAGUGAAGAGAUGGGAAGCCAGGGCUCAGGGUUCAACGCCUUCACCUGAGAUCACAAGCCCAUGGAUGCUGUGACAUCUGGGAGCUUCAUCAGUGGUCUGGCUAAAGCUGAUACUUUCACAGUCACCAUCUUUACCUUUGGACUGGGAAGAAUCAGCAUUUUUCUUCUGGCAGAUGACUGCAUUCCUUAUAGGACAGGCAAGGUUUCAUUCAUCUGUUCUCAGUAAGUUUGUUGUUGAACUGAAAUGAAUUUCAUUAUUUCCUCCAA